CUUCCGGGCCGGGCCGGGCCGGGCCGUGGCGGCGGGUGUGCGAUGAGCGGCGCGCGGCGCAGGGAGGAGCCGCCGCACGCGCAGCAGCACGCGGUGCCCGACGGCGGCGCGGGGCCGCGGGGCUCGGCCUGGGGCAGGGCGCUGCGCAGCGACUCCGCCUGGCACGACAAGGAUGAGUUUUUAGAUGUGAUCUACUGGUUCCGGCAGAUCAUUGCAGUUAUUUUGGGAAUCAUCUGGGGAGUAGUUCCUCUGAAAGGAUUCGUGGGAAUAGCAAUAUUCUGUCUGAUCAAUGCUGGUGUUCUGUAUCUCUACUUCAGUAGCUUCCAGCAGAUAGAUGAGGAGGAGUAUGGUGGGACAUGGGAGCUGACAAAGGAAGGAUUCAUGACAUCUUUUGCACUGUUUUUGGUUGUUUGGAUAAUCUUCUAUACUGCCAUCCACUAUGAUUGACACAGUCUGCAGCUUUUGUCUGUUAAAUCAGUUGUCAGUAAAUCAAGAAGAUUUUAAUAAAUCGUAAUCUCUGGCAGACUGGUGGGAAGGUUGGGGAAGUCAAAUCAACUCCUUUCUGUACCAGCGGUCUGAUUAGAAUGGAAGAGCCCCAACUCUUCUGCUGGAGAAGCCAGUCCAUCUCCGUUUUAUAUACCUGUUAAUUACUGGAACUAUUAAAAAGCCAUUGGAAUUUUUGGAAGCAGUUCAAGACUGUUCAGAUUUUGAACUUUCUGCAACUCUAGCCAGUAACUGUAUUGUUGUGCGUUGGGACUACAGUAUCAAACUCCUGUAUGCUGAAGGUUGUAUCUGUUAAUUUAAUGUAUGUAUGCUCCUUCGUUUGAAAUCUGUCGUUACAUCCUGACUUGUCUUCCAUUUGUUGUCCUUUAGACAAACAGUUUUUAAAAAGUGAUCGUAGGGUACGUGGGAGGAAGGCACUGCAGCAUCCAGGAUAUGAGUUCAGUGGCUGUCCUCAGCAUGUUUUGUAGUAAUCAGAUCUGAUUUGAUUAAACAGACUGUGUCGUUACCAUUUC